AGCUCGGUACGCCUCGACAUUCUGUCUCUCUGCAACAAACAUUCUGGCGGGAAGAACGAAGCGCAAGAGAGGGGUAAGGGCACCGCAGAAACCCUAGACCGCCUCACCGUCUUCUUCCCCUCCCUCUUCUCCGCUCAAGUACCCUGGAGACACUUCAGCAACUCUCUUCCCCGGCAUGCACCGCAUAGUAACGUGCUCUCUCAUGGCUUCCUCGGCUCGGUGGCUGUGUCUGGCUGGGUCGCUCCAACCCUCCGUGCUUCGCAGGCUCAACAAAUUGCCGCUGCCGAUGCUAGUUGAAAGGAAAUAUUCUUUCAGACCACAUAGAGUAUUGAACAGAAAUUUUGUGCCACCUAAGAAGGUCAACAGACAAAAGGUUCUUUUUGAAGAAGACAACCAAUCCCAUUUUUUAUGGUGGAAAGAGAAGAUGCAGACAUGCAAAAAGCCUUCCGCUAUUCAAUUAACUAAGAGGCUUUCAUAUACAAAUUUAUUAGGAUUAGAUGUCAGUUUAAGGAAUGGAAGUUUGAAAGAAGGAACUCUGAACAUGGAAAUGUUACAGUUCAAAUCAAGGUUCCCUCGUGAAGUACUACUCUGCAGAGUUGGAGAUUUUUACGAAGCUGUUGGUUUUGAUGCUUGUAUUCUUGUUGAAUAUGCGGGCUUAAAUCCUUUCGGAGGUCUGCGUUCAGAUAGCAUUCCUAAAGCUGGCUGCCCUGUCGUGAAUUUGCAUCAGACUUUGGAUGACUUGACUCGGUGCGGGUUUUCUGUUUGUAUAGUCGAGGAGGUUCAAGGUCCAACUCAGUCUCGUUCUCGCAAAGGUCGAUUUAUCUCUGGCCAUGCACAUCCAGGUAGCCCAUAUGUAUUUGGGCUUGCUGGAGUUGACCAUGAUGUUGAGUUUCCUGAUCCAAUGCCUGUGGUUGGGAUAUCACAUUCUGCAAAAGGGUAUUGUAUGAUAUCGGUGCUCGAAACAAUGAAAACUUAUUCAGCAGAAGAAGGCCUUACGGAAGAAGCAAUAGUUACGAAGCUUCGUACUUGCCGAUAUCAUCUUUUAUUCCUGCAUUCCUCUUUGCGGCAUAAUAUUUCAGGUACAUCUCGCUGGCGAGAAUUUGGUGAUGGGGGGCUUUUGUGGGGAGAAUGUAAUGGAAAAUCUUUUGAUUGGUUCGAUGGUUCUCCUGUUGAAGAGCUUCUGUGCAAGGUAAGAGAAAUAUAUGGUCUUGAUGAAGAAACCACAUUUCGGAAUGUUACCAUUUUUUCGGAAGGCCGGCCUCAGCCUUUGUAUCUUGGAACUGCAACUCAAAUAGGAGUUAUACCGACUGAUGGAAUUCCGAGUUUGUUGAAGGUGUUGCUUCCAUCAAGCUGUGUUGGACUACCUUUAUUGUAUAUUAGAGAUCUUCUUCUUAACCCUCCCACAUUUGAGAUUGCUUCAGCAAUUCAAGAGGCUUGCAGGCUUAUGAGCAGUGUAACUUGUUCAAUUCCUGAGUUUACUUGCUUGUCAGCAGCAAAGCUUGUGAAGUUGCUCGAGUCAAAGGAGGCUAAUCACAUUGAAUUUUGUAGAAUAAAGAACGUUGUUGAUGAAAUUAUGCACAUGAAUAGAAACUCCGAGCUCUCAGGUAUCCUAAGUAUAUUGCUUGAACCUGCUUGGGCGGCCACUGGUUUAAAAGUUGAAUAUGAUGUGCUAGUGGAUGAAUGCAGUUUGAUCUCUCAAAGAAUAGCCGAAAUUAUAUCUCUGGGUGAUGAAAGUGAUCAGCAAAUAAGUUCAUUUGAAUUUAUUCCUGGUGAUUUCUUUGAGGAUAUGGAGUCCUCAUGGAAAGGUCGUGUGAAAAGGAUGCAUGCUGAGGACGCAUUUGCUGAAGUGGAGAGAGCUGGCAAGGCAUUGUCGAUUGCGAUCAUGGAAGAUUUUGUUCCAAUUAUUGAAAGACUAAAGUCUGUAAUGUCUCCUCUGGGUGGUCCAAGAGGUGAAAUAUGCUAUUCAAGAGAGCAUGAAGCAGUGUGGUUUAAGGGAAAGCGUUUUAUGCCAAAAGUGUGGGCUAACACCCCUGGUGAGGAACAGAUAAAGCUACUCAGGCCUGCUACUGAUUCAAAAGGGAGGAAGGUUGGGGAGGACUGGUUUACUACAGUGAAGGUCGAGAAUGCUAUGAGCAGGUAUCACGAAGCUAGUGAUAAGGCAAGGAGUAAAGUUCUGGAGCUGUUAAGAGGACUUUCCAGUGAAUUGCAGGAUAAGAUAAACAUUCUUGUCUUCUCUUCAAUGUUACUCAUCAUAUCAAAGGCACUGUUUAGUCAUGUUAGUGAAGGUCGACGGAGGAGAUGGGUAUUCCCUAAGAUAAGUGAGUCUUUCUACUCUAAGGAUAAAAUGGAUGCAGAAAUUACAAAAGAAAUGGCUCUGUUGGGUUUAUCUCCUUAUUGGCUUGAUGUUGCUCAAGGCAAUGCGAUACUAAACAAUAUUAAAAUGCGCUCGCUGUUCCUUCUGACUGGACCAAAUGGUGGUGGUAAAUCCAGCAUUCUCCGAUCAAUAUGUGCUGCUGCAUUACUUGGAAUCUGUGGGCUUAUGGUGCCAGCUGAGUCAGCCGUCAUUCCACAUUUUGACUCUAUUAUGCUACAUAUGAAAACUUAUGAUAGUCCUGCAGAUGGGAAAAGCUCAUUUCAGAUUGAAAUGUCCGAAAUUCGUGCUCUUGUCACGCGAGCUACUGCAAAGAGUCUUGUUCUUGUUGAUGAAAUAUGCAAAGGCACGGAAACCAUAAAAGGAACCUGCAUAGCUGGUAGUGUUAUUGAGACUCUUGAUCAAAUCGGGUGUCUUGGUAUUAUAUCAACCCACUUACAUGGCAUUUUCGAUUUGCCUUUAGCUACAAAAAAUGUUGUUCCCAAAGCUAUGGGAAUAGAAAUUAUAGAUGGGUACAUAAAACCAACUUGGAAGUUAAUAGAUGGAACUUGCAAAGAGAGCCUCGCCUUUCAAACUGCCGAGAAGGAAGGCAUGCCUGAAUCGAUAAUUAGGAGAGCUGAAGAGCUAUAUGCAGCUGCGAAUGCAACUGAUAAGUCGACAAUUUCCAGCAUAAACGAGAAGCACUUUAUUUCCAAGUCCACUGUAAAUGGUGUUGGUGAAUUAUUUGACUCGUCGAGAAAUGCCUUGGAAAUUUCAUGGAGUCCCUUAAAGCUAUUGCUGAAAGAAGUUGAGAGUGCCAUUACUAUAAUUUGCCAACAGAAACUGAUAGAGCUUUACAAUAAGAAAAUCAUUUCAGACCUUGCUGAGGUGACGUGUGUUGCUGUUGGAGCCAGGGAGCAGCCGCCACCCUCAACCGUGGGUACCUCUAGCAUCUAUGUACUCUUCAGGCCAGACAAGAAAUUAUAUGUUGGACAGACGGAUGAUCUUGUGGGUCGACUUCGUGCGCACCGGUCCAAGGAAGGCAUGCAGGAUGCUGCUGCUUUAUAUGUUAUAGUUCCGGGAAAGAGCAUAGCGAGCCAAUUGGAGACUCUGCUCAUUAACCAACUCCCAUUGAAGGGAUUCCAACUCAUCAGUAAGGCUGAUGGGAAGCAUCGGAAUUUUGGUACAUCGAGUCUUUCUGCCGAAGCUCUUACCAUGCACUAAUGAAGCAAUUUCAUUGAUGUGACUCGGGAGA